UUUCGUGAGAUUCUGACUUGAAUCGAUCGCGAUCAGUGGUGCCGCGAGAUGAGUUCAACUUGAAGAAGAUGGUCUCAUGAUUUCUCCAAGCUAACACGACUACAGCAAAAAAACACUUUAAGGAGUAAAGCAUCAGAAAACUGAAUUUAAAAUCUAAGGAUAGCACACUACAAAAACACUUGAGAGAUAUUACUUGAAUAACCUUGCAUUCGAAUUGAUAAGCAAUGCAGCACGAUAACAGAGGCCAAAAAGUUUCUUAAACUGGAUGUGGGAUUGACAUCCCAGCCAAAAAAAAUACGCAGCACAUCGGACGCUUGAAUUCUAACAUCAUGGAAGAAGGAAGGCAGCCGGAGAAGGGAAAAAAUGCAUCGUUCAUUCCUAAACUUUUAUUGGACAAAAGAGAACUUAAUGUAUUAUACGUUGGGUUUUGCUUUUUCAUCAUCGGGAUUCCUGCCACCGCCAUCGUUAGUGUGCAGACUUUGAUGCUGUCAGAAGACUCGAGCAAUGUGCACAACCUCAACGGCUUCAUCUGCUUUACGGUGAAUUUCCUUUGCUUGUCGGCUACCUUCCCUUUCGCUUCUUUCAUUCUGGCAAAGACAGGAUCUGUCGGGGGCAUCAUCGUUGGUGCAUUUGGUGAUUUACUAUACAACGUCGCAUUUUAUUUCGACACCCCGUGGAUAGUUUAUGGUCUAUGUGCAGUGAGUGGAGUUACGCAUGCCAUUUUGCGGACGGGCCAAGGAGUAUACCUGAUGGAAAACUCGAGGCCACACACGCUUCAAAGGGAUAACACCCUGUUUUGGUGGAUGCAGCUUGCGUCGCAACUAAUCGGUCAAAUCAUCCUGCUACUCUUGCUGAGGGCGACGAAAAUCAUCGACCAUGACACUCGAAUCCUAAUCCUGGACGUGACCGUGGCAAUCAACUUGUUUGGUUUUUUCUUGUCACUUUUCAUUAGUCGCCCCUCCAGGGACCCGGAUCUGCAGAAGGCCCCGGCACCCGUCGAGCUCCAACAGGAGAUCCGUAAAACGUGGGAAGUCUUCAUGGACUCCCGCAUGCUCCUUCUUAUUCCAUCCUCUAUUUUUACAGGUCUACUCAAAGGAUUCUCACAAAGCGUUUAUCCGUCUGCUGUUGGCUUUACGCUGAGUUUAACCGAAUACUCUGCCAGUCUGACGGCUUUGAGUGGAAUUUACAUUGGCGCCGGUCUAAUAAUGGGCGGAGCAAUACAGUUUGUGCGUCGUUGGGAAGAUUGUUUUUCACUUGAAAGGACCUUUUUCUGCUCAGUGGGUACUUUGAGCUCGUUGGCUGCCUUUGCUCUAGCGUACGCCAACCUGCCCGAUAAUAGUGUUUUCGGUGACACGGAAGAUCUUGGCCCUUACACUAAUAGUGUAACCAUAGCUUUGAUGUGCAGUUUCAUGAUUGGAGUUGGCUUGAUGUACGUCAUGAAUAACGUUCCGGCACUGAUAUGUCUAAUGUUUCAAAACAACCCUGCUCAUUCGGUCGCAGCAUUCAAUUUUACGAGGUUUGUUGCAGAAGGGAUAUAUUACUACUACUGCACCAUCAUGUCCCUCUCAACGCAACUCCUCCUCCUUGGUUCCUCAGCUGUUACAGGUCUGCUACUGUUUAUCCCUGUCGAUUACAAAUACACUCUCUCCACUCUGCCGUCCAGCAAGAAGGAUGGCAAGAAACCGAACUCAAAUGACGUCAUAUUAGAAAAGUACUAAAAAAAAAUCGUCUUUCAUGUCUAUGGGGGCACCAACUCUUAAUUUCAAAUAUUAAUUUAAGAAUGCUCUUCCUAAGACGCCAACAGUGCAAUUUGAUGGCAAAAAAAUAAAUUAUGAAAUGUAAGUAUAUUGGAAGGAGUGCUUGUGUACUUAAAUGUUUAAGAAACAAUUUCUAAAAAUUUGAGUAGAAUACAGAGAUGUAUUUCUGGUGAGUUCAAAGCUGAAGGAGCCGAAUAAAAGAAUAUAUAAGGAGUAUAGAUGAGUGCUUUCACGAGAUGAGAGCUUAAUUUACUAUCCUUGUUGUGUAAUUCAAUCCUAUAUUUUUACCACGGAUUUUAUGUAAUUUUUUUCUGCAUUUUCAUAAAAUUUCUGACUGAGAUGUACAACUAUUUAAUUCAUCGUGUCAACUAAAGUUAAAAUUUGAAAGAUUUUAAGCGUGUGUAUUACUCUAAUUCGUCGAGGAUUUUCAUAACCGGCGAACCAAAUUAUUAACCUCAACAUAGAAAAAUUGCAGCUCUGCGGGACAAUUUUUCUAAGGAGCUCUUACAGAAAUAAAAUACGACAUUUUUAAAGUAAA